AAAAGGUUGUGCUCAAACCUCAUGAUGUUUCAGUGUUUACAACUCUAAGUGUUAAUGGACGGCUGUUUGCUUGCCCACGUGAUCAGUUCGAUUCAUUGACACCAUUACCAGAACAAGAAGGACCAUCUACUGGUACAGUGGGAACAUUCGAACUGAUGAGCUCAAAAGACUUAGCACAUCAAAUGACAGUUUAUGACUGGGAGCUCUUCAACUGUGUGCAUGAGCUGGAAUUGAUCUAUCACACUUUUGGAAGGCACAAUUUUAAAAAGACCACAGCAAAUCUGGACUUGUUUUUAAGAAGAUUUAAUGAAAUUCAGUUCUGGGUGGUCACUGAGAUUUGUCUUUGCUCUCAACUCAGCAAGCGUGUUCAGCUGUUAAAGAAGUAUAUUAAGAUAGCAGCCCACUGUAAAGAAUACAAAAAUCUGAAUUCCUUUUUCGCUAUUAUUAUGGGACUGAGUAAUGUUGCUGUGAGCCGUCUCUCGUUAACGUGGGAGAAACUUCCAAGCAAGUUCAAGAAGAUCUAUGCAGAGUUUGAAAGCUUAAUGGAUCCAUCAAGAAACCAUAGGGCCUACAGACUAACUGUAGCUAAAUUGGACCCUCCAAUAAUUCCUUUCAUGCCACUACUUAUAAAAGACAUGACGUUUACUCAUGAGGGAAACAAGACAUUCACUGACAAUCUAGUAAACUUUGAAAAAAUGCGCAUGAUUGCCAACACUGUCAGGACGGUGAAAUUCUGCCGAAGCCAGUCUUUCAAUCCCGACGCAGCCCUAACUAAUAAGAACCAUCAGGAUGUUCGGAGCUAUGUGCGGCAAUUAAAUGUGAUUGACAACCAGAGAACUUUAUCACACAUGUCUCACCGACUAGAACCGCGUCGAGCAUAAACAUUUGAAGCAAUGAUGAGAAAUGAUCUUUUAUCCUGUCAAGGUCACUUGUUAAGAACUUCACUUUCUCUACUACCGCACUGCCACUACAAAAAUAAGCAAAAACAUAUCCUAAGGUCUUAGGCAACGCACAAUGUACCAGCCUGUCAGAGAACUUUGGCUGAGGAAGCUGUAGCUGUACGGGUGGCCAUGUUGUGAACUGUUAAUUCAUCUUAAAGGGUAGUAAAUGAUUUCUCCUGUGGAUAAAAAAAGGCAAAAGUUAAAAAAGGAUAGCUAGUGAAAAAUGCACAAAAAGUUUCUAACAAUUCUAAGGGAGGUAGUAUUUUUCUCCCUAAUUAAAAAUCUGUAUUUUAUGAUUUAUUCUCCAGACCAGGACCAAAACUGAUCAUCAGUUUAGCAUGCCCAGCUACUG